GCUAAGAGAGGGGCUGGAAAUAAGAUCUCGUCUUCUAUCCCCCCCCCCCCGACACACCCACCCUGCUUUUCAACACACCACCUCCCUGAGACAAACUUUAGCCAGACUGAGCUUUGGGCUGAAUCAGUGGGAAAUCAUCUUCUUUUCCAGUUGGGAAAUAGCGAAAUGGAGAGGAUGAUCAGAAAGGAGGUCUGUGACCCCCUCUCAGGUUAAGGCGCAAUCAGAGAAAAACUGGGAUUUGCCCAGGGCAGAGACAUUUAAAUACACCUUUCCAAAAGGCACUUCAGGUUUUGAUACUGGAAGAAAACCACACAUCGGAGGAAGAGUUCAUCACAGCCUGCCAGAAGCAGGAAAGCAGCAGGAUACAGGACGUAGUCAAGCUCUGCUCCCCUCCCAAUUCAAAAUCUUCCGGAGAAAAUGCUUUCUCACGAAGCUAUCGCUGGCAUUUUUCCAAUAAUUCUGUGUCUUGCAGGAAACAUCGCCCUCACAGCUGGUCAGCCAAACUGCGUCUGUAUGAAUUCGCUAUGUUCAGAAAAUUUCACCUGCUCAGGAAAUUGGUGUUUUGUAAGCAAACACUUGGAGAAUGGGGAAAUGGUCAAUAAGAAAGGCUGCCUGGAGGAAGCACAUGAACUUUGCUGGGGCUCUAUCACAAAAAUCUACGGCAUAAAAUGCUGCAAGGGCAACAUGUGUAAUUUCAAUCUUUCUAUCCGGCUAAUAGAUGACAGUCCGAUUGAAGAGGAUCUACCUUUGAAGAACCUUCUCUUGAUGGUCCUGGUUCCAUUGUUUGCUGUUUUGAUUCUCAUGAUAUUAGUUGGUCUCUUUGUCUGGAAGUGGGCCCAAAGCCGGCGGAGACAUAUGCCAUUUGGGUCUAAUGAACUGGGCGAUGUGGAUUUUAUGCUGAAGAACUCUCUGGCUGGGGACAGCACCUUAGAAGUCUUGCUGAAUGAUGACUGCACUACUGGAAGCGGCUCUGGGCUGCCCUUUCUAGUCCAAAGAACGGUGGCUCGGCAGAUCACCUUGGUUGAAUGCGUUGGCAAAGGACGCUAUGGGGAAGUGUGGCGUGGCAUUUGGCAUGGGGAGAAUGUGGCGGUCAAGAUUUUCUCUUCCCGUGAUGAGCAGUCAUGGUUCCGUGAGACUGAGAUUUACAACACGGUGCUGCUAAGGCACGACAACAUCUUAGGAUUCAUUGCAUCAGACAUGACAUCACGGAAUUCAAGUACUCAACUCUGGCUAAUCACCCACUAUCAUGAGCAUGGCUCCCUCUAUGAUUACUUGCAAUGCACAGUGUUGGAUGUGGAGACCUGCUUGCGUUUGGCCACCUCGAUCAUCUGUGGGCUGGUUCACUUGCAUGUGGAGAUCUUUGGCACCCAGGGCAAGCCAGCCAUUGCUCAUCGGGAUCUGAAAAGCAGGAAUAUCUUGGUCAAGAACAAUAAGCAGUGCUGUAUUGCUGAUUUAGGAUUGGCAGUCAUGCAUUCCCAGAGUAAUGAUUACUUGGAUAUUGGUAACAACCCACGGGUGGGCACCAAACGCUAUAUGGCACCUGAGGUUUUGGAUGAACAGAUUCGUAUGGACUGUUUUGAAUCCUUCAAGCGGACAGACAUCUGGGCUUAUGGUCUGGUCCUGUGGGAGAUAGCCCGAAGAACCAUUGUGAACGGGAUUAUUGAAGAUUAUAAACCUCCUUUCUUUGACUUGGUUCCAGCCGACCCCAGCUUUGAAGACAUGAAAAAAGUGGUUUGCAUUGACCAGCAGACACCCACCAUUCCAAAUCGGAUGUUCUCUGACCCGGCUUUAUCUUCCCUAGCUAAGAUCAUGAAAGAAUGCUGGUUCCAGAGUCCCCCAGCAAGACUCACAGCUCUGAGGAUUAAAAAGACACUGAAAAAACUCAGCAACUCCUUCCACAAACCCAAACACUCUCCUAACUUCUAGGAGCAGAGAUUGAAUUUCUGGCUCCUUGGCGCAAAGGAAGUUCAAGGUCACCCCUUCAAGGUUUCCUGCUGGUCCUGGCCUCUGUCUGUGGCUUGAACAGACCUCCUUUGAAGCUUGACCAAGAGGAUUUGGACUAGAGCUCUAUAGCUCAAACUAACCCUCUGCAGGGAAGUUUCACAGAACAGAUGACAGCUUCUGGGAUCCUUAAUUUGUUCCUCUAGCAACAAAAGGGAGGAGGGGCCCUACCCACUUCUUGCAGAAUGUACAUUAAUAUAAAUACUCCCUGGAUCUGUAACCUGACGCCAGCCCGUCUCGCCACCAAAUCCUGAAAAAUGGGAGGGAUCCCAUUUGCAAAGAACACAGCUGCUAUGCCCAAAGGGGUUUGAAACGCCUUUGAAACGCCAGUUAAGGAUCAUUUGCAAAGGUAGUGUUUAGAUUGAACGCAUAAAAUCUAUCCGUGCCUCUAGCUGUGUGUGCAUGUAUGUGCAUGCAUGCAUGCAUGCGUACAGAGGAACCAUUUCAAAAGCACCUACAAUGGUUGAAAGGGAUAGGCACAACUAUGCAAGCCUUUGUACCAGAUAAAUCUGAUUUAUCCGUUAUGGGCAUACGACAGGAUUUUUUCUAUCUGUAUGUGAACGUGGAAAUCUGUCUAGAUUACCAGUGUGAUGUUGCUUUGCUUGUAUGUAGUCAUGAUUUUUUUAAUAUAAGCCGGAAUUUAUAGCACGAGGCUCCAAAAUGGCUCUCCAUCCUGUAACUCAUCUUAGAACCAGCCCUGACUAGCCCUGUCAUAUAAUCCCUGAACAUGGUCAGUAAAAACAGGAUGUAGCAACCAUGCUGAAGAGAGCUGGCUUUACUGCCUAAGGAUGGAAGACGACUACCGGUAGUGAACAUACACACACACAAUCACACACACACAAACACACACAGAGGGAGGGAGAGUGUGAGUCAGGGAAUUGCACAACAGAUGUCCAAAUGAAGUCAGAGACGCUGAUAUAAAUUUGUAGUUUUAUAUAAAUAAAUAUAUUUUACAUCUAUGUUUGCAGCAAACAAGAUAGUCAGACUAACAGGAGCAUCAUGAAGUAAAUCACAGAGCAUGGAGGCAAAAGGCGGGAAAACAAAGAAACUCCCCCUUUUACAUCCACAGAAUCCAAUCACAGCACAGACGGCCUCACACAGGAGCCAGCGCUCUCCAACCAAUCUACUACAACUGUGGCUUCUGGCUCAUUGCACAACCCCACUGCUCUAGCUAUUAAAUUUAAAUACCUUAGCGCACUUGCACACGCACGUGCGCGCACAUACCCACACACAAUGCAAUUUUUUCUGCAUUUGAGCCCAGCAAGAAUUAAGCCUCACCAACACUAUUGUUCAGCCACUGCAGUUUUUCUUAGGAGCCCUCAAAGGUUUUAGGGAAUUCAGAACCAAGGUGAAUGUCCAACAGUUGGAUUUGCAUAUGAUUACAUCAAUUGAAAUUUCAGUAUGCAGAUGCAAUAAAAGGCAAAAGUCUAACCAAAAAGUCUAACCAAAUAUAAAUCAUUGGAACUUGACCCUAUUGGUUUUAAGAUGGGAGUGAGAGGAAUGCACCCUAU